CCUCACUCUGUUCCACCACUCUCAUUUCUCUCUCCUUCUCAACUCACCAUGGUCCAAGCCUCCCAAAAGAACCUCUGGGUCGCCGCCUCCGACGGCGACCUCGAGCGCGUCAAGACACUCAUCGACGCCGGCGCGUCCCCGAACGACCGCGACGCGCACUCGUACACGCCGAUGCACGCCGCCGCGUCGUACGCCCACCUCGCGUUGCUCGAGUACCUCGUCUCGGUCGGCGGGGACGUCAACCUCCCCGACGACGACGGGGACACGCCCCUGUAUACCUGCGAGAGCGUGGAGGCUGCGCGGUGGUUGGUGGAGCAUGGGGCGGAGGUGGGGCACCGGAACGAAGAGGGCGUGACGGCCGCGGAAUCCCUCGCAGAAGACCACCCCGCCGUCGCAGCCUACCUGCGCUCGCUGACGGGCGACGCGGCACCCUCGGCGCCCGAAGACGCCGUCUCGCAACACGCGAUGGACGCGUACGCGUCGCGCCAGACCAACGACUUGCUCGCACAAGCGCAGGAGAUCAUGGCGCAGGCCGAGCGCGACGGGAGCGAUCCGGACGCGGCGCUGCGCGCCGUCGUGGAGCGUGCUGUGCGGGAAGGCUUCUCAUUCGGCGCCGAGCAAGGCGGGAGCGAGACGGAAGAGGGGGCUAAGCGGAGUCGGCAAGAAUAGGCAAGAUAGACUAUAUGGUGCCGCUCGUAAGCAUGUGGCAUGCAUCAUCCAGACUUAGAUUACUAUCGUGC